AUGAAAAAGAAAGAAGGAGAAGAAGUAUCAUUCAUUGAACGUUACAAGAUUGGACAUUUUUCGAAAAAGAAAAAUCAAAUGAUCAAUGAGAAGGCCGGAGGAAUUUGGAAUGAAUUGCUAAAUGAGAAAGCUUCUUCUUCUUGUUCGCCGGCUGAAAUAUGUAUGAAAAAACUACCUCGUAUACCGGGAUAUAUAAAAGUGCGUUCUGUUUCGACAAAACAAGUUUUAGGCACAGAAAAGUUACAAAUGGAACAGGAACUGGAAAAGGAAAAAUCAAAAGCCUUGGAGGAGGAAAUUCGUGUAAUUAAAGAAGAGCAACUACAAUUUCAAGAAGAGCAUAUUAAACAUCGAGAGGAGCAAAAUAAGAAAAUGGAAUUUAUGAUGAGUGAGCUUUCACGUUUAUCUCAAUUGCAUUGAUCAAUUGAACUUACUUUUCUUAUUAAAUGAACUUCACCCGGUUGAUCUUUAUAUGUUUGUUGUUUGAAAUAUUGGAUAAAAUGUAUGGAU